AUGGGUUUCUCAAAUAGUUGUUCAAUUAGGGAUUAUGUGCUGUUGAAGGUUGAACGUGGUAAAAUUCCAUAUAUUGCUCGGAUUCAUCAAAUAUAUAUCAGUUGUGAAGAUGUAUCUCAAGAAGUGCAUCUGAAAGUGCAGUGGUUCUAUAGGCUUGAGGAUACUCAAAUGAAGUGUAUAUCCUUCAACGGAAAGAAUGAGCUCUAUAAGUCUAAUCAUUAUGAUUAUUAUGUCCCAGCUGACAGCAUUCUUAACACUUGUAGUGUCCGCUCUUUUAAAAGCUACAUAGAAUUACCGGAUGCAGAUGAGAAUGUUUUUUUCACUAGAUAUACAUAUGACAAUGUGGCUAAGAAGUUUGAAGAUGCAGAUGUUGAUGUGUACGUGACUUUGCUUUUGUUUUAA